CAGUUGAGUUCAGUUGCCGUUUGGGCUGCGUGCGCGUUUUGCGUGUUUUUCGUUCGCCGUUUUUCCGUUAUUUUCCUUUUUGUUUUUGCCUCGUGACGUUUCGGUUUUGGUUUCUUUUCUUUUCAUUUAUUUUUUGGUAUAAUUUUUUAAAAAAGUUUUUUAAUUACUUUUCGGUUUGCAACGCAUUUUUUUCGGUUGAAAACUUUAUGCAGAUCAUAAUCUAUAAGAAUAUCAAGACUAUAUGCCGCAUAUCUGUGCCGAUCUCAAAGCGUGUUCUCAUCGAGUAGUAACCAAAUUGGAGGCGCACCUUGAACAACGUUAGCAACAUGUGUGUCUAACGAGUGUGUCCCGAACAUUGUGUGUGUGUGUGUGUGUGAGUGUGGAUAAUGAGUGAAAAGCGCGUGGAGAAUCCUCCGCUGCCACAUGAACUCACCGCAGAGUGGACUGUGCGAGCACAGUUGACAUUCGCUCGGGGCGGGGAGCCAGUGCAGCAGGAAUACAAUGCACAGGAUCCGUUGCAUCCGGUGCGAGUUGUCUACAAGUGGUGCACGCCCGAGGUGGAGCAGGAGAAGGCAACGGCUGCCACAAGCUUUCGCAGCACCAACUCAUCGGCCACGUAUGCGGACUCGGCUUUUGGCAGUCCGCAGGCAUCGCGAGUGACGCAGGCGCCGCAAGUGGCGACUCCAGCCGGUGGCGUUACGGCUCAGGUGUGUGGCACACGUUGUCGCAGCACCUGCAACAUUGUCGUCUCGGCCGUGGCAGACUUUCUGCCCGAACAGCUGGAGACGUUGAACGAGCCGUUUGUCUAUCACAGCAAAGUGCGAGCACAGCAGCUGCGCGAUGCCUAUUCACAGACCAGCGACACGGAGGAGCAACGACUGCAGCAACAGCAGCAGCAACAGUUGAAGCGUCGGCCCGCCGCCUACGAUCAGCGACGUGCCACAACCGAGUCGCUGAUGAACUUCUCGAGUCGGCGACAUGCGGAGGAGGCGAACACCUUUGUGCCAACCUACUCGCCCACGCCAACCACGCCCUCGUCCACAUUCAAGUCAACGUCACUGCCACGUAUACCACAGUUGCCGGCAACGCCGUCGCCUCGUCUGCCCAAUCUGGGAGAGAAGAAGCCACGCACUGUGCACAUCGAUGUCUACUGCACUGGGUCCGAGGAGGAUGAGGAUGAGUUGCAGGCGGAUGCCGACGCGUCUAGCUCCGAUUCGGAGGCGGACAGCAAGCAGCAUCUGUACGAGUUGGACUCGAAUUCCACGCCACAAACGGUGCUCGACAAUGAGCAGAUGCUGCUGCGUCAUCAGCGCAUUUCCAGCGGCGCUUUGCCGCGUCGCCUUGCACAAAAGUCACCUCAACCAGGAGGAGGAGCUGCCAAGCAGCAGCAACAGCAACAACCACAACAAUUGAAUCUCGGUCAUGGCAUCACGAAGUGCAGCACAGCCGAGGAGAUCAUCGAGUCUAAACAGAUGCUCUUUCGCCAGCACAUUGGCGAUCAGCGUGCUGUCAAGCUGUCCAACCUUCGCCAGAAAUACCAGCGUCAACCGAGCGACGAGACACAGAGCAGCUCGUAUCCCAAUUCCUCACGUUCCACGAUGCCCAGGGAUGCCACCUGCAGCAGCGUGUCGAGUGUUCUCGCUGGCGACUGUGUAGACUCCUCCUGGAAGGAGACAGAUGAACUGGACACGCCCAGUUUGCCAGCGUUUGCUGCACUCACCAAAUCCGAUAGCUUUGAAUAUGAGAACUCGCUUGAUCGUGUGCGCAUCAGGCAAAUGGAACGCCUUUGGUCGCGUCAACACUUCUUGGAGCAGCCGCCAACACAACCGACAACAGCGAUGCCUUUGUCGACGUCGCCGCAUCCACAGCUGACGACCAUCACGGAGGUUCAGUCACAGCGCGGUCUGUUCCAGCGCAGCGAUACGUUGCCUUCGGAAUCGGAUGCCUUCUCCGAGUCCAACAUGGGCUUCAGCACGUAUCCCGGUCGGCAGGUGCAUCAGAUGUUGCAUCUGCAACGCAAUCGUCCCGGAUUCCUGCAGUUCUUUGGUCCGCCUGCCAGUCCCGAGCCAACGCCGUUACAAACGCCGCCACAGACGGCGCCAGUGACGAGUGUAACGGGCGCUGCUGCCGCUGGCAUCGAUCCCUUCAAGCGACUGCAUCCGGGCUAUCGCUGGAAGAGCGAGGCACGUGACAAUCUCAGCGUGCAAGCGGCACCCGGUUCACCUUCGUCGGAACGCAGUUCUCCACAGCUGCUCUCGGCAGCCAGCACAGUGCUGAGAUGCGGCAGUGAGGCACCGCCCAGCACUACAUCAGCCACUACCUUUGGCACUGUAAUGCCAUCUCCAUUGUUGCCGCGACGCUUUGACAUCUCACGCGACAGUCCGAGCUUGGCCAGCGAGACGUCCGUGGUCUCGGGCUACACUCAGGAGCAUUUGGAGAAAACGCGUCGCUUUGGCAAUGUGGUUGCAAUGCGCAAGCCGGGACAUCAUGUCGGUCCCACCAAGAAUCCCAAUUGCCACUGCGAGAGCUGCCAGCGCUGGCUCGCCGAACGUUUCCAGCUGCGCGGUCGCGCCUUUUCCCUCGGCGAGCGACCGUUGCUUCGACGACCGCAGCCCUAACUGGAGUAGUGCUUAGGAAACAAUUAGAUAGACACUAAACCAAAAAAAAAUAAUAAUUUUGUCAUUGCAGAGUUGUAGAAAUAGGAUAAUGAAGUGAGUGGAAGCAGUGUCCGUCUGAUAAGGAGUGGAAAAAUAAUGAAAUUAAGGAAGAAGUUAAAGUCCGAAGGAAAAGAGAAAUAAUGGGGAAGAAUAUGAAGAAGUUAAAAUAAUUAUCUAUUUUAAACACACUCUAAGAUAAGAAAUAACUAAUAUAGGUACUCGGAAAUUAGAGAGGAAGAGCAAGAAUUUUUUGGGAGAGCUUAGAUAUGUGUACUUAAGUCUCCUGUGAAGGUAGAUGAAUUAUUUGUUUAGGAAUUUCUUAAGUACAUAUAAGUAGAGUUUUUUUUCUAAAUUCUCUACUAAAGAUUCAUUAAUUCUUAAGAAUUUCGCUACUUCUGAUACAGAUAUAAUAGAAAAUAUAAGAAUUCUUAAGGAGUAAAUGUACGUAAGAAAUUUUGGUAAAGUCUCCUUUAAAGAUUAAUUAUUUGGUAGGAAUAUCUUUACGUCCGUUUCAGAUCUCUUAAAUUAGGGUGUCAAACUUCAAAUGGUUCAUUUUAUGUUUAUGUUUUAGCCUAAAUAUACAAUUAAAAUUGAUCUUUUGGAAGGUAUCGAAAUUGUUUGCAACGCUUAGAAGCUUUCUUUUUAGCUAAACAAAGUGUUUCUCAAAGUUUAAAUUUGACUUCUGUUCGAUUUCCAACUCUGCAUUGGCAAUUCAAUUUCGGUACGCAUCGAUGUUAACAAUUUCUUGUUGCUUUAGCUUGCAUUUAACACUCUGCAUAAGUUGCCAACCACCUAUUAACCACAGAACCCAAUCCCAACCCGAAAUCCAAUCCAAUUCACAGCCAAACCAAAACCCAAAAACCGAUCGAUCCAUGCCACAGCUGUGCCUUACUUUAGUGACUUAAGUUUAAAUAUUGUUCAGAAUGUUCCUCACAUACACACACGAAAUGUGCGCUGAAUCAGUUCUUAAUUGUUGGUAAUGUAAUAAACAAUAAAUAAAUAAAUUAGUGUUAAAAAAAA